AUGCCGAGCUCGAACGACUACGACGUGGGGCCAUUCCCUCAUCGAAUGAAUUGGCUAUGGCUGGGGAUGCGGCUCCUCAGGCGACAGACCAUCAUCCACUCGUGGAAGCCGCCAUGGACUUACAGUUGUGGGUGGUCGGACGAUGAUGCAAUGGUCUCCCAAGAACUAGAGCAAAUGAAGAGUAUAUUGGAAGAGGCGAUUUUGGAAAAGCGCAGCAUGCCCCCAAAAAUCGACCGCGACUUCCCCGCAUACCCCUAA